CAAACCCCAACAAAAUUAAGGCGAUACUCGAACUAAAACCCCCUAGGUCGAUAAGGAAAACACAGAGUCUAACGGGUAGGUUAGCAGCAUUAAAUAGAUUCAUAUUUAAGUCCACGGAUAAAUGUAAGCCCUUUUUCGAGGCAAUUAAAAAGAACAAAAAUUUUGAAUGGACGGCCGAAUGCCAACACGCGUUGGAUUACAUCAAGGAGUCGCUCGUCCGACCACCCGUUCUACAGAAACCAAUCCUAGGAGAGAUGUUGUAUUUAUACCUAGGAAUAACUUCGAUUGCUAUAAGCGCC